GCGUAGAUGUCCUCACCCUACAAUUUUUUCGGGAUCGCGUAAAUACAUCGGACCAUAACGAGUGACGGUUUUAAGUGGAAUUAGUGCAAGUGAAGUGAAGUGAUAGUGGUUUAAGGUGACAACAAAAGAGGACCCAGCUCAAAGAUGACGUGCUGAAAUAUAUAAAAAAAGAGAAAAAUCCAUAAAAUAUGUAAGGAAAAUAAAUCUGUACCGUGUAAAUGGGCUAGCGUCUAGAGAUUGGUGGUGACAUAUUAUAUUGUAUACGGUAAACAUGGGGACGGUAGCUGUGAGUGUGUUUAGGAGGGUUAUUUCUAUAGCCCUUCUUGGAUGGAUUACCGGUACAAUAGCGCUCAGAGACGUGGCGCUAAUAGCGCCCUCUGCCGUCAGAUUAGGAGACACAGUGCUCCUCGGUUGCAAAUGGACGCUCGAAGGUAACGAGACGCUAUACAGCGUCAAGUGGUACCGAGGCAGACAAGAAUUCUUCAGCUACCUCCCCAAAGAGUAUCCCUUCACGAGAAUCUUCGCACAGCCGGGGAUAGACGUGGACGUUUCAAGAUCGACGUCCCAGCAAGUCGUCCUAAGAGAGGCAACAAAGGCAUUCGCAGGACGAUAUCGGUGUGAGGUGUCCGCGGACGCGCCAUCCUUUCACACGCAAGUUCGAUCGGCUUACAUACAUGUCGUAGAACUACCGCCAGAUAAGCCAACAAUCAAAGCAGAAAAGGGCUGGUACGCGUCAGGCGACUCGCUCCGAGCGCAAUGCACCUCGCCGCCGGCUGAUCCACCAGCUAAUCUUACUUGGCUGCUCAAUGGAAGAGACAUCCAAGGCAAACCAAUAAUACAGCAAAGGAUUCUACCCAGUCCGGCUAUCUCGAUCGACCUGCCGCGGUACGAUCGCAGCACUGCAGCGCCUGGGGAUGAGAACAGCAACAUCAUUUUCAGUCCAUGGAAAGCGUUCGGGCCUUUUGUUGAUACUGUACAAGAUGGAGAGAUACUGCCGAGUCAAGACACGGUUGUUUUUCCAACGCAGAAAGGUCAGGACAACAUGGAUGAAGACAUCACUGAUCCUAUACCUACUGUAGAGUCAUCUAAAAAGGUGGCAUCAAUAAGCCAGCUGUCGUUCAUGGUGAGGCCAGACAGCUUCGAGCGAGGACAGCUGAGGCUGACCUGCAUCUCCACAGUCCACUCUGUGUACAACGAGCAGGCGGAGCUCGUGAUAAACGAGGAGCGACCUCAAAUCGCCUCGGUACUUGGUACCAGGGACCGGUCCUCAGGUCCGGUUGAAGCGUCAAUGCUGCUUAUUAUACUCAGCUUCACGAUCAGAGAAAUUUUAAGAGAGAUCCUGCGAUGAUGACUGGCCGGAGACCACUAGCAGCAGCUUUGUAAAUACAAGAGAUUUUAAACAUAAUAAUGAUUGUGAAAAAAAUUAGCCGUAGCGUUAUUAUAUACCUAGUUGUUUUAUUGUUUCAAUAUAUAAGGAUAAUAUGAAAGAAUUUCUGGAAAUCUAAAGCCUCCAGUUUACGUUGGAUCUUUGCUAAGUUACUAAACCCGGUCUUAUGGAAUUAUUUAACCCAGCUUUUUAGUGCUAGCGGGCCUUAGUUAAUUUUCUGUUAACCCAAAGUUAAAUUAUACAAAUUAAAUGUGAAUGGAAUUUAUAAAAAACAUUAUAAUUCAUAUUUGACUUUUUAUCUAUACUAUUAAUUGUGUAUAACACCCCUAUAUAAAAUUGGCAAAUUAUUGUCAACUUUAGUGACGAUUUUAUUUAGAAAAAAACUUGAACUAUACAGGCACUGAUUAAUAUUUCCCAAUACAACGAAAGCCAUAAAAUUAAAUUAAUUUAAUAUUGUUAAAGGUAAAAAUACAUGUUAAGUAGUCAAUGAAUGAUUAGCAGAACAAUCAUGAUUAUAGAGAUAAUAAUAAUAGUAUGGGUAUAGAUAAUUUUUUUAGAUUAUCUAUGUGUGAUUGUAUUACUACUGUAAAUAACUAUGUAAUAUAAAAAGUAACUCCUACUUGAUAAUUAAUGUAUUAUAAUUUUGUUUUGGCAUACUAAUUACAAUAACAUUACUUAGAUGAUUCCAUCAUAAAAAUAUUAUAUUAGAAAAUAGUACAGAAAACAUAAUAGAAGUGUAAAUAGAACAUCAAAAUAAAUGUUGAUGUACUAAUUGUAGGUAUGUGUUUCUAAGUAUUUUUAUUUUCUCUUCAAUUAAAUAAAGAUUAAGGAAAUUCCUAAUAGUUUAUUUGAAGUUAUAUUAAUAUAAAUUGUAUCGGAUACUGUGAAAUAUUAAUAAUAUUAGAUAUUUUAAUGUAUGACAUGACAGGUCUAGUAGAAAAAUAUGUAACAUUAGUAAGUACAUUUUAGGGGCUUGAUAUACAAAUAGCAAGCGUACAGGACGCGUGCCGCACCGCCCAGAAAAGAGAUUUUUUA